AUGGCCAGCGGCGACAGCAGCCACACCACCGACAGCGUCCUCGGCUGGGACGAGGACGAGGAGGCGGCCCGCGAGCUGGAGACGGAGGAGGACACCGAGGGCGAGGAGGAGGAGACGGCGGCGGAGUCGGAGGAGGAGCCCGACGCCAGGUUGUCAGAUCAGAAUGAAGAGGGCAAGACCAAGCAGGAGUGUAUCAUCUCUGACCCCUCCUUUUCCAUGGUGACUGUCCAACAGGAAGAUAGUGGAAUAACCUGGGAGACCAAUUCAAGUAGAUCUUCCACUCCCUGGGCUUCAGAAGAAAGUCAGACUUCUGGUGUAUUUAGUCCCGAACGGUCAGCUCUGAAUUCACUUCCUGGAAAUGUGUCCUUUAUUGUGGAUGAAGUUAAGAAGACUCGGAAAAGAACUCAUAAGUCCAAACAUGGCUCACCAUCACUGCGUCGGAAAGGCAGCAGAAAGAGAAAUUCUUUGGAAUUACAAGAUGUUCUGGCACACAAAGAAGACAGUCCUUUAAUUUCAGAAAGCCAGGUGUUAGACACCAAGAAAGAGAUGCCAUCUGCUGGCAUUGAUGAUAAGACAAGAAAAAAGAAGACUACCUCAAACACACCUCCUAUUACAGGAGCAAUAUAUAAAGAGCACAAGCCAUUAGUGUUGAGGCCAGUGUAUAUAGGAACAGUACAAUACAAAAUUAAGAUGUUUAAUUCGGUUAAAGAAGAACUGAUUCCGCUACAAUUUUAUGGAACAUUGCCAAAAGGUUAUGUAAUUAAAGAAAUACAUUAUAGGAAAGGAAAAGAUGCAUCUAUUAGUCUAGAGCCAGAUUUGGGAAAUUGUGAUUCUGAAAUAGUAUCCAAAAGAAGUAAAUUAGAAGCCCAAAGCCCAGAAGAUGAUACCAUCAGAGAGCUUGCUCCACCCUGGAGAGGUGCCCUCACCAAAGGAUCAAAAUCCAUCACUUCAUUAUUCAGCCAUGAAGAUCAAAAGAAAAUGUAUACUGAUUCCCCCUUAAAUGCCACACAUGCAAGUGAGCACACAGUUUCCUCUUAUUCAAGAAAUGACACAACAGAUCAAGAAGUACAUCUUAGAUAUCCGCAGACAGUACAACAGCCAACUGACAAAUCAAAACCCCAAGAAACAGAGCCACUCAGUACACCUGCGACUGUGCUCCUGGAAACAGCAAAGGAAGAAUUUGAACCUGACUCACAAGGAAUGGAAACUUCUUCAGUCUUCCCAGACUCAGUUGCUGAUGUAAAACAGGAAAAGAGAUUUUCUGUUGACCAUUCUUUGCCACAAGAGACAGAGAAGGAAACUUUGGAGACAGGAUCACCAGGACUGCUACCAUCCAUCCAAGAAAAGUUUGAGCCAGACAAGGAAGAGCUAGAGCUGUCUUUAAUAGAAAAGACUGACCUAGACUCUGAACACCUGAUCUCCCCUGAGCCCAGUGUCCAAGGAGAGGAGGAACGGGUGCCUGAGGCACCUAUCUCUCUAGCAUCACAAGAACUAGAGAAGGAAGUGAAAAGUUCCCCACCAAUCACUGAUAACACUGAACCUGAAGAUUCUAGUUUAGUAGACGAGAUCAUAGAGCUUGAUUACCCAGAGAGUCCUGUAAUUUCUCAGAAGCCCUUCCCAUCACCAUUGUCCCUUGAAGUGGAGCACAGAGAAGAGUUAAUUCUACCAUCACAGAUGACACCCACACCGGAACAUGCCACUUUGUCUGAGGAAGAAAGAGAGGAAAAGGAAUCUGUUUCUACCGAUUCUGCCUUUGUGUCUGAGUAUUCAGUUCCACAGGACUUGAACUAUGAAUUAGAGAAGCAGAACGAGGCAGUUUCUCCAUCCAAUGUAGAAGCCAUAUCUGAACCUGCAGUUUUUUCAGAAGAAGAGAAUGAGGAAUUUGAGCCUUAUUCCCCAGCUACAGCCUCUGCAUCUGAGCAUUCUCUCUCUCCAUCCACCAUUGAGAAGACAUCUGAAUCCCAAUCCCCUCUCUUUUCAACAGUUCCAUCAGACCACCUGGUUUUAUCAGGAGACGAGGCCUCAGAAAGUGGGUGUUACACACCAGACUCCACUUCUGCUUCUGAAUAUUCAAUUUCAUCUCAUGAUACACAAGAAUUUUUGAAGAAAACAACUGACCAUGACCCCCCACUAAAAGCCCAGGUUGUUUCUGAGCCCAUGAUUCUGACCGAAGAAGAGAAGGAAGGCACUGAACCACAUUCCCCAGUUGUGGAUGCUUCCUCUGAAUACCCUCUUUCAUCAACCAUAACUGAGGAGACGUCUGAACACCAUUCACCACCACUUCCACCUGCUACAGUGGGACAUGCAGUCCUAUCUGAAGAUGAAGACCUCGGAAGUGAACGUUUCGUAUCAAGUUCAAAACUGACUUCCAAAUCCUCAGUUCCACAAAAUGAAACACAGGAAUCCCCAAAGAAAAUAAUUGAUAAUGUACCCCAAUUCAAACCAGAAAGCAUUUCUGAGUCCAUGUUUCUGUCAGAAGAAGAAAAGGAAGACAUUGGACUAUAUUCAUCAGAUAUGGUCUGUGCACCUGAAUAUUCUCUCCCCCCCAACACAACUGAGGUACCUUCAGAAUGCCAGGCCCUACCACCUAAUUUAGCCCCCUCACUUGACCAUGUGGUCCUCUCAAAAGAAGAGACCAUAGAAACCCAGCGGUACUCAUCCCCUUCCCUGUCUGAAUCUCUAGUACUGCCAUAUAUAACACCAGAGUCCCAGGAGGAAGAAAUUGUCCAUCCAGCCCCUCUACAUCUAAAAGGUGCUUCCCCACCCACAAAUCUAUCAGAGCAAGAACAGGAAGAUGCUGGACCCUUUUCCCCAGAUUCUGCAUUUGUGUCAGAAUUCUCAUUUUCACCAUAUCCAACUCAGGAAUUAGAGAAAAGAGAAUUGGAGUGUGACUCUCCACUGUGUCUAACGUCCCCAUCUGAGCAUACUGUUUUGUCAGAUGAAGACACUGAAGAAAUGGAACUUUUUUCUCCAGAUUCAGCAUCACAAGUUUCAAUCCCACCGUAUAGAAUCCCAGAAAUAGAGAAAAGCGAAAUCGAGCCAGACUCACUACUAACUUCAAGGUCGGCUUCAGGAUAUUCCGACUUUUCAGAAGUGAACGAGGAAGAAGAGGUGGGUUCAUCAGCUACUACACCUGUGCCUGAACAUUUUGAUUUAUCACAGCCGCAUGAGGCUGAGCCUUUCCCUCGCAUGCCUGUAUCUGAAGACUUGAGCCUGCCACCUUCCGCGGAGAAAGAAGACCAAGCAGAAAUUAUGCCAGAUGCUCCAACAAUCUCAAUAUCUGUAUCUGAAUAUCUCAUCCGGGCACAGCAGCAGAAGGCUCAAGCCUCUGUGGAGCCCAGGCCUGAAGACCUGGUUCCUCUACACUUCUCCAGUGUGUCUAAGAAGGAAGAAAUUAAGGGAAGUUCAGCAGCAGCAACAACACCUCCUUCUUUACCUGCAUCAGUGGCAAAGGAAGAAACCAAACCUGCUUUGCUCACAUCUCAGCCCUCAGUUUCACCUGAGUCAGUCCAUGAAAUUAAGAAAGGACAGGAACCGAAAGCCUUGCUCACUAUGGAAACUACAGAUAAACAGAUGACUUUUCUUAAAGUCAGAGAGGAAGAAACAGCACCUGGUUCUCAAGAAGCCACUGCACGUGUAUCACAGGAUCAAAAACUAAAGCCUCAGCUUCCAAAUGUUCCAGGGUCUGGGCUGAAAUAUGAGCCAAAGACGGAUGUCAAAUUCAAUUUAGCUCCAACUGUGACUUCUGAACCAGAGCAGAGAGUGUUGUCAGAGAAGGAGCGUGAAGUAACAAAACCAUGCUCACCUCCAAAGGAAACAUCUAUUUUUGAGCCUGAGGUUUUAUCUGGAGUGAAAACGGAAGCGAAACACGAUUCCAAAAUAACAAGAGCACUUCCUGCAGCUUCGUUGGGACUAGAAAAGGAAGCUGCACAUCACCCACCUGUACCACCAGCAUUUUCAGCUUCCUCAGAAGAAAUGAAGAAAGUGACUGAAGCCAGCUCUUCUGCCGCCACAGGGCCAGGAGCUAAGCUUGAUUCGAACGUAACCAAAUUAGGGAGGGAAGAAAUCCUGACAGAUUCAUCUCUUGCCAGUCCCGUGGAACACCCAAGCUUAGCACAAGUAGCAAACAGUGAAAUGGGAGGUGAUUUGCUACCACCCAUAAUGUCUAUAGAUGAGGAUUCAGGUCUUACAGAAGAAGAAAAGGUAUCAAUUAAAAAUGCUGCUUCUCUGACUGAAGCGUCUUUAUCCAGAAGUUCAGCUUGGCCAGAAGCAGAGAAAGAAAUGAAAUUAGAUUCAGCUCCAAGUCCAUCCUCUGCAGCAGAGCAUUCUGUUUGGUCAAAAGUAGAAACUGAAGAAGUUAAACCUGGCUUGCCAAUACCCCAAAUGCCAUCUUCUCAGCAUUUGGAUGUGUCUGAGGAAGCAAGGAGGGGAGACAAGCAAGGUCUUUCACUUUCUACAGUCCUUGAAUCCCAACACUUGGUUUCAUCACAGAAAGAAAACUCAGUGUCUGUCUCAGAAGUGUCAAAGUCUGAGCCUAAACUUCCGCUCAAGCUAGGUGGUGAGGUACAGAAAGAAGAAAGUGAGCUCCCUCCAUCAGAAAAUGUGUCACCUGCACCCACACAUAUAAUUCCAAAGGACAGACCUGAGGAGAUAACAAGUUCUCCUCCUGAGUUCGAAAAUUUAAUGUCAGAUGAUUUAGCCCCAACGUUACUGGCCAGCAGGGAUGAGAUGAACAAACAAACAAAAGAGGCAACUUCUCCAGUGCUCCAGGGAGGUUUCCUGUCAGGAAAACAAGGUCUUACAGAGCUCCCUUCUGAGCCUGAGGAGAAGCACAAGUCACCCCAGCUCUCAGAAUUGCCAACCGCUGGGUCAGAACGUAGUGGUAGUGUAGGUAGAGGAAGUGAAUCUAUAGAUAUGGAACCAAUAAAAUCUCCUGUAACUGAAACAGGGGAUUCCAUUUUAGAAAAGGGCUGUAGGAACAGACGGAAAGAACAGGAAGAAAACAGGGAGCUUCCUGUGCCUGCUGCAGAACCAUCAAAGGUUGCUUCUGACCUCCUUACAGAACAAAAGAGGCCUGAAAAAACCCUUCAUGCAGGUGAAGCUGUUGAGGUGUCUGAUGUGAGCAGCUCUUUUGUAGAUAAGGCAGAUCUGGAUCUUAAACAAUUUUCAGAUUGGAAAGAGAAUUUGCUUUUGGAAAAAUCAAAAUCAUUUAUAACUGAGUCUGCAGAUAUUACAGGAACAAAAGUGAAGGAGCCUUUUAUUUCUCCAAAGGAUGAUAACUGGAUGCUGGACAAGCCAGAAGAUUUGUCCAGUCAGUAUGAAAUCAGAAAACUAGGCUCUAGGCAACCAGAUUCCCCUGGUAGGCACGACCUGAUGCCAGGACAGCUCAAGGCUGCUUCGCUGGGUAUGGAUCACACAUCUGAAAUCAGAAAGCAGGUUCUGCCACAUUCUGCUGAGGAACCCCACUUGUCAUUAGAAGAACCAGUCUCUACCCUUGAUGUAUCCAGUGGUCAGGCAGAGAACUUAUCAACUACAACUUACUUUUCUGAAGAAGUAGAGCUGGCUCAGGAACCAAAAUCUGUAGUUCCAACUGGAAAGGUAGAGAGAGGUGUUGCAGAGGAGAGGCAAAUCUGUUCUUUCACAGAUAGUAAAAAUUUGAUAUCAGAGAAAACAAACACAGAACUUUCUAGGCCUUGCAGAGCAGACACCCAGGAAGAAGUCAAGCUACUUCCUGAAAGAACUUUCCAGAAAUCAGUGUGUGGCCCAUCAGUGGAAGAGGUAAAGGAAGAAACUGUCCCCUCUCUUGUCAGAGAAGCACAUUUUCUGGCUGAAGUUGCAGAGCCCAUACUGGACAAAGACAAAGAGGCACACAGGAGCAUAGCUCCUCUGUCUGGAGAGAAGCCAUUGCAAGAACCAGAAUUAGUUCAGUCAGAGGCUACAGAUGUUGUGAAAGAAGGAAGAAAAGCAGCUUCUGAAGUGAAACUGUCCACCCAAAGUAAACCAGUCCCCUCAGUCCCAGCAAAUGUAGCACCUCCACACCCAGAGACACCAGAGGUGACACAAAAGCCUUCCAAGAAGCCAACGGUGACUGAGCAAGGUCUUCCUGAAGAAAAGGGGAUAAAAGGAAUUUCAUCUUUCAAAUCAUGGAUGUCCAGUUUAUUUUUUGGAUCAAGCACUCCAGAUAAUAAGGUUGCUGAAAAAGAAGACUUAGAAACUCAGUCAAGUCCCUCCGUAGAGAAAGUAGCCCCUGCCAAAGAGCCUAAAGGUACACUUCCCGUGGAUGUUAAUGCAACCAUGAAGCCAGCUGUUCAUUCAUUACCUGAAGUCAAACUUAAACCUGCGGAAGAAUCCAGAGAUAUUUCAGUUAAAUCCAGUGAAGGUCAAGGUGUUAAAGAUAAACUCAUAUUUUUAUCAAAUGUAGAAAUUUUAAAUCACUCAGAAUCCAACUCUGAGGCACAUACUGAAGAUUAUGUGAAGAAAGAAAUCCCAGACCAUUCAGAGGAAACAGGCACAAACUUAGUUACCUCUGCUGGUGAUGAACAUCUUGGAAUUCAACUGUCUUCCCCCAGGAGUGAGAAAUUGGUUAUGGAAGACACCAAGAAUGUUAUUCCUCUUCAUGUAACUGAAAGUCAGAGGCGCCAGAAACCAGAAAUCUCUCCUCCAUCUAUGUGGAAUAUUUCUGUUCUUAAGGAAGAGCCAAGUAGUGCUCAAAAGGAGAAAUCACUCUUUUCUUUGGACAUGGUAGAUAAAAUGCCACAACAGCCCAAAUCAGCUUCAUUCGACUUUGCAAGUAAAAACAUCAUAAAGGAACCAGAGAAGCCAGAGCCAGUAAUUUUGUCAUUAGAAUCAAAAGGCAGUUUAAUUGAUCUUGGUGAGGACAGACUAAAGAAAGAAAUGCCAAAACCUACUUCUUUGACACAUUCUGAAGAGGAACUCAAACGCCCAAUGGAGAAGAAAGAUAGUUGGGAAACUAGAUCAUCUGCCUUGGCAGAAAAGACGGAGCUGGAAGGAAAACCAGAAAUCACAGCCCCCUUAGAGCUUAGGGAAAAUAAAGAGAUAGGGAAAUUGCAGGCGACACCGGAAUCUCAACCUUGUAAAUUGGAAGAGUCAAAAGCUGCUGUGAAACUGGAGCACAUCGAUGCAAGUGAAGAGCACAUAGAAAGAUCCAGCAUGACUGCUGCUGCUGAGAAGAGAGGAGGGAAGGAAGAGCAGGCGCCGUUAUUUUCGGAAGGAAAGAAGGAGGAAAGCCGGCCUUCGUCACUGAACACAGCCAUGCCUGAGCCUGGAGAAUCGGCUGUCUCUUUAGAUCGUUCUUUGGGUGAAACUCAACCACCUUCAUUGGUUAAAACACCAUCAAUUAUUGAAAAACCUGAACGCAUGUUUGCAGAGGUAUACCCAGAAAUCAGGGAAAGAAAGCUGCCAGAAACUCAACCCUAUCUGCUGAGAGGAAGUAAAGCUCUGGUGGAGAAAACCAAGGCUUCCCACCCUAUGGAGCUGCCUUGUGAUGAGGAAAUGGAUGAGGAUUCUUUAGCCCAGGGAGGAAAUCUGGGGUUAGAAAAGUCAAGCAGGGGUAUGGUGGGUCCAGAAGAGGGAAGAGGGCAGUUCACAGUAUCAGAGUUGUCCACAGGGGGCUCCAUGGCUGUAAUAGAUGAAAACAGGAAGCGAAGAUCUCUAGUUAAUGACUUUGAAAGGACAUCAGAGCAAACUCCUGACGAAACAGAGCCUUUAGAAACACCACCCACUCAGCUGCCAUCUGCAAAGCCACAAACGCCUCUUUCAGGAACAUCUCUAGAAACGGAUGCAGUGAAGAAACAGGAAAUGUGGUCAGAGAGGCCUACAGUCCACACCAUCCAGUCGUAUGAAGAACACUCAGCUGAGAUGCCUAAGCAAUCUGUUCUUGUUUCAAAGCGCCACGUGGAGGCUGUGGAGGAUACUCACAGAAAUGAACCACUCGCUUCAGCAACGAGUAGCUAUGCUCAGUUUAUACUUAAUGCAUCAGCAGUCAACACUGAUGGGAUGACUCCUAUAAAAGACACGCCUAAGGAGCCGGAAGGCACCUCCGUCAAAGGUGAAGAAUUUUCAGUGACUAGUAAGCCAGCAGGGCUUUCGGAAGACCAAAAGAGUGCCUUUAGCAUCAUUUCCGAAGGCUGCGAGAUAUUGAAUAUCCAUGCUCCUGCUUUCAUUCCUUCCGUGGAUCAGGAAGAAAGUGAACAAAUGCAAGAUAAAUUGGAAUAUUUGGAAGAGAAAACUUCAUUUCAAAUCAAAUCCCUGCGUGAUGAGAAUGAGGUGGUUGCUUCCCAUAAAACACAAGAGAGCAAGUUAGAAGAGUCUGAUAGGAAAGUUACAUCACUCAAAGAAAAUGAACCAAAGGAAAUUCAUAAAAUAAAAGAGAUAUUCACUGAUUCAGAAAAGGGUGAUUUCACUUUUAUGCAACCCACAAUUUCCAGUGAAGAGGAUUAUUUUGAAAAAUAUACUUUGAUUGAUUAUAACAUCUCCCCUGACCCAGAAAAACAGAAAGAACCACAGAAAUUAACUACUGAAGAAUUUCCAAAGGAAGCUACAGAAGAAACUAUUUCUUUCCCAGAAAGUUCACAGGAAGGUGCCCUAGAACAUGAAUAUGACUUGGUGAAGUUAGAUGAAAGUUUUUAUGGGCUAGAAAAGGACCACAGAAAAUUAUCUCACUCAGAGAUGCCAGAGUCUUUGGUUAUCCAAAACUCAACUGAUGGAAAUACUUCAAAGGGUGUCAGUAGAGAUGUAGACUCCAGGUCACCUGGGAUGCCUUUAUUUGAUGCAGAGGAAGGAGUUCUAUCAAGAAGUCAGAUAUUUCCUACCACUGCCAAAGCCGUUAACCCUGAGCUUCUGGAAGAGCCACAUGCACUUGCAUUUUUAUAUAAGGAUCUAUAUGAAGAGGCAGUUGGGGAGAAAAAGGAGGAAGAGGAGACAUCUUCUGAAGGUGACAAUGUGAAUUCUGAGGCAUCAUUUCCAAGGAGACAGUCUGACACUGAUGAUGGAACGGGAAUGUAUUUUGAGAAGUACAUACUCAAAGAUGACAUUCUUCAUGACACAUCUAUAACUCAAGAGGAUCAAGGCCAAGGUCUAGGAGAAAAGCCAGUUGGUAAGGAUGAUUCACACCAACUGAGAGCUGCAGAAAGGGAAAUUGGGGGGAAGGCUGGAACUACUUUUUGGGAGAAGAGUCUGGAAGAACAGCACAAGGCUGGUUACAGGGAAGGAGAAUCAGGAGGAGGCCAUACAGAGACCUUUGAUGAGGUAGUGAUGCAGGGGAAAUCUCCCAUAACAGAGGAAGUUAGAGCAGUUACCCAGAAGAUGAGCUAUGCAGUUCCAUUUGAAGAUACCCACCGUGUUCUGGAGAGUGUAGAUGAGCCAAGUAGCCAGGGCAAUGAAGCAGGAAACGCAAGCCCAGAAGUCAAUCUGAAUGUCCCAGUACAAGUGUCUUUCCCAGAGGAGGAGUUUGCAUCUGGUGCCACUUAUAUUCAAGAAACAUCACAAGAAGAACCUAAAGUGCCAGCUCCACAUCAGUCAAGUGAAGAGAGGCUCCGCAAUAGCCCCGUGCAGGAUGAGUUUGAAUUUGUUGAUUCCCUGAACCAUGAAGUGGUUGGUCACGACAUCUUAUCAGAAGAACUGUAUUCAGAAUCCACGCCCGAAGAUGUGUUAUCUCAAGGAACAGAGUCCUUUGAGCACAGCAGGGAACAUGAACUUGUAAGUGAGAUGGAAGAAAGAAUAAAGGCUAAACAGAAAGAGUUGGACAGAGAGAAGACAGAACAAGAUCAGUCAGCAUCAGGGUUAGUAACAAAGAAAAUACAAAAGGAACCAAAGAAGUCCCAAAUUGACUCCUACUGCUACACCUGCAAAAGUCCAGUUUCUGAAAUGGACAAGGCAUUAGAUAUUCACAAAGACCAUGAGGUUUCAGCGCUUGACACAGCUAUAAGUGCUGUUAAGGUUCAAUUAGCAGAAUUUCUUGAAAAUCUACAAGAAAAAUCCUUGAGGAUUGAAGCUUUUGUUAGCGAGAUUGAAUCCUUUUUUAAUACUAUUGAGGAAAACUGUAGCAAAAAUGAGAAAAGACUAGAAGAACAGAACGAGGAAAUGAUGAAGAAGGUCCUGGCACAGUAUGAUGAGAAAGCCCAGAGCUUUGAGGAACUGAAGAAGAAGAAGAUGGAGUUCCUGCAUGACCAGAUGGUCCACUUUCUGCAGAGCAUGGACAUGGCCAAGGACACCCUGGAGACCAUUGUGAGAGAAGCUGAGGAGCUCGACGAGACGGUUUUCCUGACUUCGUUUGAGGAAAUCAAUGACAGGCUGCUUUCUGCAAUGGAGAGCACAGCUUCCUUAGAGAACAUGCCUGCUGCGUUCUCACUUUUCGAACAUUAUGAUGACAGCUCAGCGAGAAGUGACCAGAUGUUGAAACAAGUAGCUGUUCCACAGCCUCCUAGACUAGAACCCCAGGAACCGAGCUCUGCUACCAGUACGACAAUUGCAGUGUAUUGGAGCAUGAACAAGGAGGAUGUCGUCGACUCAUUCCAGGUGUACUGCAUGGAGGAGCCUCAAGAUGACCAAGAAGUAAAUGAGUUGAUAGAAGAAUACAGAUUGACAGUGAAAGAAAGCUGCUGCAUUUUUGAAGACUUAGAACCUGACCGAUGUUAUCAAGUGUGGGUGAUGGCAGUGAACUUCACUGGAUGUAGCCUUCCCAGUGAAAGGGCAAUUUUUAGAACAGCACCUUCAACCCCUGUGAUUCGUGCCGAGGACUGUACUGUGUGUUGGAAUACAGCUACCGUCCGAUGGCGGCCUGCCAACCCAGAGGCCACAGAGACCUAUACUCUGGAGUACUGCAGGCAGAACUCUCCUGAGGGUGAAGGCCUUAGAUCUUUCUCUGGAAUUAAAGGACUUCAGCUGAAAGUUAACCUCCAACCCCAUGACAAUUACUUUUUCUACGUGAGAGCCAUCAAUGCAUUCGGGACAAGUGAACAGAGCGAAGCUGCCCUCAUCUCCACCAGAGGAACUCGUUUUCUCUUAUUGAGAGAAACAGCUCAUCCGGCUCUCCAGAUUUCCUCCAAUGGGACUGUGAUCAGCUUCACUGAGAGGAGGCGGUUGAGAGAGAUCCCCUCGGUCCUGGGUGAGGAGUUGCCUGCCUGCGGCCAACAUUACUGGGAAACCACAGUCACGGACUGCCCAGCCUAUCGACUUGGCAUCUGCUCCAGCUCGGCUAUGAGGGCUGGUACCCUGGGACAAGGGGAGACAUCAUGGUACAUGCACUGUUCUGAGCCACAGAGAUACACAUUUUUCUACAGUGGCAUUGUGAGCGAGGUACAUGCCACCGAGCGUCCAGCCAGAGUGGGCAUUCUGUUGGACUAUACCAACCAGAGACUUCUAUUUAUAAAUGCCGAGAGUGGACAGCUGCUCUUCAUCGUGAGGCACAGGUUCAUUGAGGGCGUCCACCCUGCCUUUGCCCUGGAGAAAUCUGGAAAAUGUACUUUGCACCUGGGCAUAGAGCCUCCGGAUUCUAUAAGGCACAAGUGAUCCUGGGCUUUCAGAAUCUGCAAGCACAAGAAUUCAAAUUCGGGGUGGAGGGCUGUCGUUCUUUCUCUCGCGUCCUCUACAUUAUUUAGAUAGUGUCCCAUGCAGAUGCAUUGAGAGCUACACACAGCACAAUCAGCAUGUGAACAAAGCCAAAAACACCUUGACUUUUCAGAGCAGUGUGUGAGUAGAGAGUGAAAACACAUCCUUUGGUUCACAUGUUAGUCGUUUCCUAAAUUUAAAGGACUUACAUUUGACCUGGGAACCAAAAGUAGAGAAAUGGAUUUCCAGUCAUUUUAUUGGUCAAACAAAUCUUCAGUAGACAGGGUUAGAGUGAAGGGAAAGGAGUAUUAGUGAUAUAUCUCUGACAAAGAGACACAGACUUCUUCCACAGAAAAUGUCACCUCACUUCACUAAAGGAUGACGAAUCCUAGUCAUUAGAGAAAAUGUUUUAGCUGAUCUGAAUUUCGAAUGAACUCUUUUGUAAUAAUGUAUACUGUAGAAUGUAAGCCCCACUCCUCUGAAAUUUUAAAUGUAGAAGUCUAGAUAUCAGAAAUUUCCAUUUUGUUAAAUAAAUGGUU